CGCAGGCGCCUUGGGCACCCAGUUCACCUGCUGCCGUUGUCGCCGCCGCCGCCGCCGCCGCUGUCGGGGCUGCAUGGGGGGCCGAGGCCAGCCAGGGGCACCCAGAAGAAAGACACGCGGCGGCGGCGACGCCAACACCCGCAGGACGAGAGUCCGAACCGGCCCCGAGCCCUGGGAGUAGGCGGCCAGGCCCGGCCCCCGCGGUCCCGCGUGUAGAGAAGCCCGCGUCGCUGCCGCGGCUGGGUCUUCCCGGGCACUCGCCCCUCAGGUCUCAUUCACACUCAGGACCACCCCCCACGCUGCGCCAUGUUCAAGAAACUGAAGCAAAAGGUCAGCGAGGAGCAGCAGCAGUCCCAGCAGGCGCUGGCCUCCACUCAGGCUUCCUCCAAUUCUUCAACACCAACAGGAACCAGGAGCAGGACGUCUUCAUUUACAGAGCAAUGUGAUGAAGGUACACCCAAUAGAGAGCUACUAGCCGGGAUGAUAGCAGAGCCUGCUUUUCUCUCUGAGUAUACUAUCUUUGCUUUGGAUUCCUCCAAACAGCCUAAAACACAGGCUGACAGUGUGAAUAUAUCUCACCAAGCCACAAAAUCUCCGGACAGUAUUAAUGGAAGUGAACUGAUGACUCCUCAGUCAGGUGACACACAGACUUUUGCACAGAAACUCCAGCUCCGGGUGUCUUCCAUGGAGUCUUUGUUUCGAAGUCCAAUAAAGGAAUCUCUAUUCCGAUCUUCUUCAAAAGAGUCUUUGGUACGAACAUCUUCCAGAGAAUCCCUGAAUCGACUUGACCUGGACCUCUCUGCUGCCACUGUUGAUCCACCCUCUGAUAUGGAGAGCGAGACUGAAGAUUCGCUAGGGAAUUUGGACAGCCUCAACAAAGAACAGUUGAUUCAGUGGUUGCGAAGAAUGGAACGAAGGUUGAAUAGCUACAAAGGGAAAUGUUCUGAGCUUGUAACAGCUUAUCAGACUGUUCAGAGAGAGAAGAAAAAGCUACAAGGUAUAUUAAGUCAGAGCCAGGAUAAAGCACUUCGGAGAAUUUCAGAAUUAAGAGAGGAGCUCCAAAUGGACCAGCAAGCAAAGAAACAUCUCCAAGAGGAGUUUGAUGCAUCUUUAGAGGAAAAAGAUCAAUAUAUCAGUGUUCUCCAGACUCAGGUUUCUCUGCUGAAACAACGGCUACGAAAUGGCCCAAUGAAUAUUGAUUUAACAAAACCACUCCCUCAAAUGGAACCACAGGCUGAAGGUGUCACUGAAGAAAACACAGAGAGUGAUGUAGUGGCAGUAGUUGGAGAUGGAGCUUCUGCUAACUCACUGGAAAUACUUCAGCAAAGAGUUAAGCGUCAAGAGAACCUACUGCAGCGUUGUAAGGAAACAAUUCAGUCACGUAAGGAACAAUGUACACUGUUAACCAGCGAAAAAGAAGCACUGCAGGAACAACUAGAUGAAAGACUUCAAGAGCUAGAAAAGAUUAAGGAGCUUCAUAUGGCUGAGAAGACUAAACUUAUCACUCAAUUACGUGAUGCAAAGAACUUAAUUGAACAGCUUGAACAAGAUAAGGGAAUGGUAAUAGCAGAGACAAAACGGCAGAUGCAUGAAACCCUGGAGAUGAAAGAAGAAGAAAUUGCUCAACUUCGCAGUCGCAUCAAACAGAUGACUACCCAGGGAGAGGAAUUACGGGAACAGAAAGAAAAGUCUGAAAGAGCUGCUUUUGAGGAACUUGAAAAAGCUUUGAGUACAGCCCAAAAAACAGAAGAAUCACGGAGAAAAAUGAAGGCAGAAAUGGAUGAACAAAUAAAAGCUCUUGAAAAAACAAGUGAGGAGGAACGCAUCAGUCUUCAACAAGAAUUAAGUCGGGUGAAACAGGAGGUUGUUGAUGUAACGAAAAAAUCCUCAGAACAAAUUGCUAAACUACAGAAGCUUCAUGAAGAAGAGUUGGCCAGCAAAGAGCAGGAGAUGACUAAGAAGUUUCAGACCCAAGAAAGGGAAUUUCAGGAGCAAAUGAAAGCAGCUCUUGAAAAAUGUCAAUCAGAACAUUUGAGGAUCACCCAAGAAAAAGAACAGCAAGAAUCUCUGGCCCUGGAAGAGUUAGAGUUGCAGAAAAAAGCAAUCCUCACAGAGAGUGAAAAUAAACUUCAGGACAUUCAGCAAGAAGCAGAGACUUACAGAACUAGAAUUCUUGAAUUAGAAAGUUGUUUGGAAAAAAGCUUACAAGAAAGCAAAAUUCAAUCAAAAGAUUUGGCUAUUCAUUUGGAAGCUGAAAAAAAUAAGCACAAUGAAGAAAUGACAAUCAUGGUUGAAAAACACAAGACCGAAUUGGAAAGCCUUCAGCAUCAGCAGGAUAACCUUUGGGCUGAAAAACUCCAAGACUUAAGGCAACAGCAUCAGACUGAAAUGGAAAAACUUAGAGAAAAGUAUGAACAAGAAAAAGAAACAUUGUUGAAAGACAAAGAGAGUCUCUUCCAGGCCCACAUAGAAGAGAUGAAUGAAAGGACAUUAGAAAAGCUCGAUGUGAAGCAAACAGAAUUGGAGUCAUUGUCUUCUGAACUGUCAGAAGUAUUAAAAGCCCGUGACAAGCUAGAAGAGGAACUUUCUAUACUAAAGAAUCAAGCAGAUAAAGUGAAGCAGGAAUUGGAGGCCAAGUUGGAUGAACAGAAAAAUCAUCACCAGCAACAAGUUGACAAUAUUAUUAAAGAGCAAGAGAUGUCCAUCCAGAGAACUGAGAAGGCAUUGAAAGAUGAAAUUAAUCAACUUGGGCUUCUUCUGAAGGAAAAAGAUAAGCAUUUGAAAGAGCAUCAGGCUCAUGUGGAAAGUUUAGAGGCAGAUAUUAAAAAGUCAGAAAGGGAACUCCAGCAGGCCUCUAAUAAGCUGGAUCUUUUUCAGUCACACCAGAGCACCACACAUGAGCAGGCAAAAGCAUAUGAGGAGCAGUUGGCCCAGUUGCAGCAGAAGUUGUUGAAUUUGGAAGCAGAAAGACUUCUUCUUACAAAACAGGUAGCUGAAGUUGAAACGCAAAAGAAAGAUGUUUGUACUGAGUUAGACAUUCACAAAAUCCAGGUGCAAGAUUUAAGGCAGCAACUUGAAAAACAGAAUAGUGAAAUGGAGGAAAAAGUAAAAUCUUUAGCCCAACUCUAUGAGUCCCAACUUAAAGAUUGUAACAUAGAGCAGGAACAGACAAAGCAAAUCUUGAUGGAAAAAGAAAAUGUAAUUUUACAAAUGAGAGAAGGACAGAGCAAAGAAAUUGAAACACUCAAACAGAAAUUAUCAGCCAAGGAGGACAGUAUUAGUGUUUUGCAUGAGGAAUAUGAAACCAAAUUUAAAAAUCAAGAAAAAAAGAUGGAAAAAAUUAAGCAGAAAGCAAAGGAGAUGCAAGAAACGUUAAAGAAGAAAUUGUUGGAUCAGGAAGCCAAGCAUAAAAAAGAGCUUGAAAAUACUGCUCUAGAGCACAGUCAGAAAGAAAAACAGUUCAAUGCCAAAAUUUUGGAAAUGGCACAGGCUAACUCAGCUGGAAUCAAUGAUGCAGUGUCAAGACUGGAAACAAACCAAAGGGAGCAAAUAGAAAGUCUUACUGAGGUGCAUAGGCGAGAACUCAAUGAUGUGAUCUCAGUCUGGGAGAAGAAGCUUCAUCAGCAAGCUGAAGAACUUCAGGAAAAACAUGAAAUCCAGUUACAGGAAAAAGAACAAGAGGUAGCAGAACUGAAGCAAAAGAUCCUCAUAAUUGGGUGUGAAAAGGAAGAGAUGAGCAAGGAGAUAGCAUGGCUGAAGGAGGAAGGUGGUAAGCAGGAUACAGUAAUAAAGGAGUUACAGGAACAAGUCCACCAGAAGUCUGCUCAUACAAAUUCUCUCUCACAAAAUGAAAUGAAACUGAAAGCGCAACUUGAAAAGCUGGAAGGUGACUUGAAGCAUUCUCUGAAGGAAAAUACUUCUCUUCAGGAGCAUGUAGUUGAACUGAAGACACUGUCAGAAGAAGAUAAACUUAAGGUGUCUGAGUUGACUAACAAAUUGAAAGCCACAAAUGAAGAAUUUCAGAGUUUAAAAUCUUUACAUGAAAGAAGUAAGAAAAGCCUAGAAGACAAAAGCUUGGAAUUCAAAAACCUGUCUGAGGAAAUAGCAGUUCAGCUGGAUAUUUAUGCUAAGAAAACUGAAGCCUUACUACAAGCUAAAACAAAUGAACUAAUCAACCUCAGCAAUAGUAAGAUUAAUGUGGUUCUAUCUAGAAUUUCCCAUUGUCAACAACACACAACUAAAGUUAAGGAGGCACUACGAAUUAAAACUUGCAAAGUUUCUGAAUUAGAAGCACAGCUUAGACAGCUAACAGAAGAACAGAAUACACUCAACAGUUCUUUUCAACAGGCUACCCAUCAGUUAGAAGAAAAAGAAAAUCAAAUUAAGAGCAUGAAGGCCGAUAUUGAAGGUCUUGUAACAGAAAAAGAAGCCUUACAGAGAGAGGGCGGUAGUCAGCAGCAGGCUGCCUCUGAAAAAGAGUCUUGUAUCACACAGUUGAAGAAAGAGUUAUCUGAAAACAUCAAUGCUGUCACACUGAUGAAGGAAGAGCUUAAAGAAAAAAAAUCUGAGAUCAAUAGUCUUAAUAAACAACUAACUGAUUUGAAUGCUCAACUUCAGAAUAGUGUCAGUCUAACUGAGAAAGAUGCAGCCAUCUCAUCACUAAGUGAGCGACAUGAUGAGGAACAGCGUGAAUUGCUGGAUCGGGUGCAAGAUUUAUCUUUGAAAGUUGAAACUCUGAGUAAAGAGAAAAUUUCUGCUCUUGAACAGGUGGAUCACUUGUCUAACAAAUUCUCAGAAUGGAAGAAAAAAGCACAGUCAAAAUUUACACAGUAUCAAAAUACUAUUAAAGAAUUACAGAUGCAGAUUGAGUUAAAAACAAAGGAAGCCAGUGAAAAGGAUGAGCAGAUAACUUUAUUGAAGGAAGACCUUGAUCAACAAAAUAAAAGAUUUGAAUGUUUAAAGGGUGAAAUGGAAGAUAAGAAUAACAAGAUGGAGAAAAAGGAGUGUAAUUUAGAGACUGAGUUAAAAAUUCAAACAGCAAGAAUUGUGGAAUUAGAGGAGCAUAUUACUCAGAAAACAAAUGAAAUUGAGUCCUUAAAUGAAGUUCUUAAAAAUUAUAAUCAACAAAAGGAUGUUGAACAGAAUGAAAUGGUUCAGAAACUUCAGCAAAUUCAAGAGCUAGGAGAAGAAAAGGACAACAGGGUCAAAGAAGCUGAAGAAAAGGUCUUAAAAUUUGAAAAGCAAGUGGCUUUCAUGAAAUCUGAACUUGAAGAUAAGAAGAAAGAAUUGGAACAUGUGAAUUCAAGUGUGAAAAGCAAAGAAGAGACGUUAAAAGCAUUGGAAGAUAGACUUGAGUUAGAGAGUGCUGCAAAAUUAGCAGAACUGAAGAAGAAAGCUGAACAAAAAAUUGCUUCCAUCAAGAAGCAGUUAUUAUCUCAAAUGGAAGAGAAAGAACAGCAGUAUAAAAAAGAUAUGGAAAGCCGUAUGAGUGAGCUAAAUACAAAAUUGCAGGAAAGAGAAAAAGAAAUUCACACAUUGGAAGAAAAACUUAAAUCAGUGGAAAGUUCACCACAGUCAGAAACACCAGUUGUACCCAGAUCAGCAGAAAAUGUGGCAGCAUGUACUGAGCAAGAAGAAGCAGAUUCCCAAGGCUGUGUGCAGAAGGCAUGUGAGGAAAAAAUCAGUGUUUUACAAAGAAAUUUAAUCGAAAAAGGAAAGCUAUUGCAGAGGCUAGAGCAGGACAAAAAAGAGACCAUUUCUUCUCAUUCUGAAAUGCAGUGCAAAUACCAGGAGCUCUUAAUAAAGUUAGAGCAUGCUGAAGCAAAGCAACGCGAGGAUCAAGUUAUAAUUAAUCAUCUUCAAGAAGAACUUGAAGGAAAAAGCAAAUAUUCCUUGAUAGUAUCCCAGCACAUGGAAGAAGAAGGAGGUACACAUAACACAGGGGCAAAGCAAAACUUGGAAAAUGUGCUUGACAAUGUUCAGAAAACCCUCCAAGAGAAGGAACUAACUUGUCAGGUUUUGGAGCAAAAGAUAAAAGAGCUGGAUUCCCACUUAUUACGAGAGAAGGAAGAACAUAGAGUUGAAAUGGAAGCGUUGACCUCAAAAUAUGAAAAACUACAGGCUUUACAACAACAGAGGGAUGGAAAAAAUAAAGCCACAGAAAUUUUGGAAGAAAGUGCUGAAGAAAAGUCCAAAUCUCAUGUGGUCCAACCCAAACCCCUUAGUAACAUGGAGACUGAGCACAAUGACCUGGAGUUUAAAUUAGCAGCGGCAGAGCAAGAGAAGCAGAAGCUGAGCAAGGAGAUUGUGAAGUUGAAGAAAGAUCUUCGAAUGUUGCGGAAGGAGCAUCAGCAAGAAUUGGAUAUAACAAGGAAAGAAUAUGAACAAGAAAUGGAAGAGAAAAUCAAGCAGGAGCAGGAAGAUCUUGAAUUGAAGCACAAUUCCACAUUGAAACAGCUGAUGAGGGAGUUCCAUACACAGCUGGCACAAAAGGACCAGGAGCUGGAAACCACUCUAAAAGAAACCAUAGAUAAAGCCCAGGAAGUGGAGGCUGAACUUUUGGAAAAUCAUCAAGAAGAGACAAAUCAGUUAUAUAAAAAAAUUGCAGACAAAGAAGAUGAUCUAAAAAGAACAGCUAAAAGAUAUGAAGAAAUCCUUGAUGCUCGUGAAGAAGAAAUGACUGCAAAAGUAAUGGACCUGCAGACUCAACUUGAGGAGCUGCAGAAGAAAUGCCAGCAAAGGCUGCAGCAGGAAGAAAACCCUGGCAAUGAUAAAGCAACAAUAUUGGAGCUACAGACACAACUAGCACAGAAGACUAGUCUGAUCAGUGACUCAAAGUUGAAAGAGCAGGAGUUCAAAGAACAGAUUCACAAUUUAGAAGACCGUUUGAAGAAAUAUGAAAAGAACGUAUAUGCAACAACUGUGGGGACACCUUACAAAGGUGGCAAUUUGUACCGUACUGAUGUCUCACUCUUUGGAGAACCUACUGAGUUUGAGUAUUUGCGAAAAGUGCUUUUUGAGUAUAUGAUGGGUCGAGAGACUAAGACCAUGGCAAAAGUUAUAACCACUGUACUGAAGUUUCCUGAUGAUCAGACUCAGAAAAUUUUGGAAAGAGAAGAUGCUCGACCAAUGUAUACUUCACCUCGCAGUGGUAUCUUCUGAGUAAACCAUCAGUCUGUGCUUAGUUAGCAUGUGUCGUGGCUUCGGUCUUCAUCUUGAAGAAAUGAGGAGAAUCGUGUUGGGCAAGGUUGGAAGGCUGCACAUUGCUGCUCUUUGAGAAAAGCUGUUGUUCAGGGCUCUUCCUGAAAAAUCUGACAUUGGCCCACGGUUAGCCUUUAAAAUAGGUCGUAUCAGUGGGAAAUGGUGGUAGUUUCUUCUUUCUUCUUUUUUCUCCUGGGAAGAGUUUUAUGUUGUUUAAAAAUUUUAAAAUAACUAAACCUGAUUUAUGGACUCACUUAAUGUUCCUUUCUUCCAUUCUUUUUGUCUCUCUUUUAAAAGAAUUGCUUGCCUUUUCUAUUUAUUUUUAGAGUGAUUUUUAAAAAAAGACUUGUGCAAUACAUUUUGAGGUGAAACUUAGUGGGGGUUUUUCUGGUAAAUUAGAGCAUUUAAUUUACUAUUUUAUCCAGAUUGAUUUGUUGAAUAUUUACUAAAGACUAGUUCUUUAAGUUAUGACAUACGAGAAAUCCAAACUGCAGUACCUCAUUGUUUACUUAGCUUUUGUACUUAUAUUUUUCAGAGGAAAAAAUACUACUGUAAAUUGUAAAUAGUCAACACAUAACUAUUGUAUGCAAAUCUGUGACUUGGCAAUGUCAUCUCGGAAAACCAGAUAAAUAAAGUUUAUUUACUAUAUAAAA